AUGCCCACCCUUUCAGUGUUCAUGGACGUGCCCAUGGCCCACAAGCUGGAAGGCCGUUUGCUAAAGAGCUACAAACAAGAUGCUAACCAUGACAAGAUGUUCCUGGCCUAUAGAGUCUGCCUGAAUGAAGACGGGGACCCAUGGGUUUCUCCCGUGGUGAAAAAAAUCCUACUGCAGAUCGCACAGGAUCCCUCCCUGAACUAUGAGUACACGGACGGAAUGGGCAUGAAGUCGUUCAUCCAAGCAUCCUUGGAACUGCUCUUUGGGAGGCACAGCCAAGCCAUUGUGGAGAACAGGGUAGGGGGUGUGCACACAGUGGGUGACAAUGGUGCCUUUCAGCUGGGGGCCCGUUUUCUCAGAACUUGGCGUCAGGACUCCAAAGUCGUUUAUAUCGCCUCGUUUCAAAAAGAACUGCACGGACCUGUCUUCCAGGACAUGGGCUUCACAGUCCAUGAAUACACCUUCUGGGACCCCAAGCAGAUGCGCAUGGACCUCAACAUACUCAUCAAUGUGAUGAAGCAGGCCCAACAUGGCAGUAUCUUUGCAAUUGGGAACAUUGCCGACUUGAAUUUGACACAAAGUCAGUGGACCAAGUUGAUGUCCACCAUGAAGAGAAAGCAGAUUUUCCCAUUUUUUGAUGUUCCCAGUCAAGGUUUCUCCUCUGGUGACCCGAAUGAGGACAGUAAAAUCUUACGUUAUUUUGUGACUCAAGGCUUUGAAUUCUUCUGCAGCCAGUCUCUGUCCAAGAAUUUUGGCAUUUAUGAUGAAGGCGUGGGGGUCCUGGCCGUGGUGACACUCAGCAACCAGUACCUGCAGCGCGUCCUCUCCCAGAUGGUCAAAUUCGCCAAUGACCUGUGGUUUAACCCUCCCACUUUGGGGCCUCGUAUCAUCACCUCGAUCCUCUGUAGUCCUGCUCUACAGGGAGAAUGGAAGUACAGUCUAAAGAGGGUGGUAGAGAACAUGAUGUUGAUCAAGGAAAAGGUGAAGGAGAAGCUUCGGCUGCUGGGAACCCCCGGCUCCUGGGACCACAUCACGGAUCAGAAGGGGACACACAGCUAUCUUGGACUCAACUCCCAGCAGUUGGAAUACCUGGUCAAGAAGAAGCAUAUCUACAUCCCCAUGAAUGGUCGGAUUAACUUCACCUCCGUUAACGCCAACAACAUAGAUUACAUCACCCAGAGCAUCAAUGAAGCUGUCCUCCUCACCAUGGGCUCGGAGAAAUUUCUUCAGAAGUGA